GCCCCCAUGCGUCGAUUGUUGCGGCUCUUUCAAGUCUUGUUUGUUUUGAUACUUACAUUUUCACGAUUCUUCGUACCUACCAAGCUGUCAAAAUAUCUGCCUUUUCAUUAUGGAGGAAUUACAGGGGGACAAGGAAUUGUAUCAAGAGUAUCUUUGCGCUGCAGUUGAGAUUGCUAAAAAGGCUGGGGAGGAAAUCCGAGCCACCUUCCAGAGCAAGAAGACCGUUGAAAUGAAGAGUUCCCCAGCCGACCUGGUGACAGAAACCGACCAGAAAGUGGAACAACUCAUCAUCUCCUUCCUUCGAAGCAAAUUCCCAGACCACUGUUUUAUAGGUGAGGAGACAACUGCCGCCGGUGUUCACUGUGAACUGACAGACAACCCAACGUGGAUUAUUGAUCCCGUAGAUGGCACAACAAACUUUGUACAUAGCUUCCAAUUUGUAGCAGUUUCCAUUGGGCUUUCCGUCAGUAAGGAGAACGUGGUCGGUGUUGUUUACAACCCUAUCCUGGAUGAGUUGUUUACAGCGAUCAAGGGCCAGGGGGCAUACUGCAAUGGCAAGCCUAUCAGCUGUUCCAAACAACAAGAUAUAAGCCAGUGCCUAGCUCUGGUUGAGAUCGGCAGCAGUCGUGUGAGUGCCCACCUACAAACCAAGCUGCAGAACAUCAGCUCGAUCCUCCAGCAAGGUGUACACGGUGUUCGAUCGCUAGGCUCAGCAGCCCUGAACAUAUGUCAGGUAGCAAGGGGCGGUGGGGAUGUCUACGUGGAGCAUGGCAUCCAUUGCUGGGACAUGGCUGCUGGUGAUAUCAUACUCCGAGAGGCUGGAGGGGUUACCAUCGACCCCAAAGGGGGUCCUCUAGAUUUGAUGUCACGAUGCCUGAUUGCAGCAAGCAGUCCACAACUAGCGCUCUCGGUAUCAGCGUGUCUCACUCAUAUCGAUUAUCAAAGGGACUAGCGUGAUCUUGAUUAAUCCAAGCUUACUGGCUACUUAUGUGAGUGAAUUUGCUGUAUCCUCCAAAAUCAAGCACUGUGCAGUGGACACAGUCACAGGGGUGUGCAUGAGAACCGAGUACCCGACCGCUGAUGUCAGGAACCGGUUCCAAACUAUGGAUCGGGUACUUGUGACCAACUUUUCAAAUUACUUAGGAACUUCUCAGACAAUGAAAAAGAAAGGUUUCAAAUGUCAUUGGUGGGGAAAUUUCAAAAUGAAAACCAGGCUAAAUG